GCGUCUGCAUUCUCUCUCGCUGUCUGUCUGUCCGUCCGCCCGCCUGCUCCUGCCUCCUCAACUCAGCCUCUGCUGGUUCCCAGUGCGGCUGGAAGCUGGCUUUCCGGCGUCAGGGGGUUUCAGUGCCUUCCCCUCGGUGGGGGUGGGGGUGUGUGCGUUCAGGUCAGCGUCCUGAGGGGGUGCGUGUAUCUGGCAUGCCUAGGACUGGAGCGAUCAACAUUCAUCUGUGAUACACCAGACGAGCGAGCUGACUCCGCCUGGCAGCCAGGGAGGGUUUUUACACCAGAGUCUGCUGAGGUUUAGGGGCUAGCCGAGGGAAGCAGGGAGCAAGCUCUGCUGUUCCCUCUCCACCGAUGGAUCUACAGGGGAUGGGCACCAGCUGCGCCAGGGACUGAGAUCCAUUCAGCUCACUUGCCUCUCCCAAAAGAAUCUUUAGUUCACUCCUUCCGCCCCGUCAGUGACUUUCCAGGGAGAAUCUCUCCUUCCCCUUUGCUGGAUGGUGGAAGAAGGCGUGGGCAGCGGGGACAGGGCACCCCAUAGGGGACUGCGGGGACCCCGUCGUCCUCUGGCUGCGCCGAGGAACAUGUCGGUGGUGGGCAAGGCCCUGUGGAGUGUGGAGCGGGCGGGGAAGGGCUGGCGGUUUGAGCAGCCCAUCGGUGUGGACUGCAGCUCACCUGAGCCCCGCUGCAUCUGGUUGACCAGCCUGCGGAAUGACAAUGCCGACCUGGCGCAUAGGUACCGUGCCGGGGCCGCCCUCCCUAGGCAGAAACGCCGCUCGCACCCUCAGCUGGAGACACGCCACAUGCCGACGCUGGGCCGGAGAGAUGGGACCUCUCCGAAUGACAACGCCCCUCUGGAGGAGCCCUUCCCCUGGGUGGGGCCGAAGACGGUGCUGCUGCGGAAGAGCUCGCAGGGGGGGUUCGGCUUCACCCUCCGACAUUUCAUCGUACCCCCAGAGUCGGCGGUCCAUUCCGAUGUCAAGGAGGAAGAGAAUGGAAACCGAGGAGGUCCCCAGCGGAGCCGCCUGGAGCCCAUGGACACCAUCUUUGUGAAGAACGUGAGGGCAGACGGGCCUGCGCACCAGGCCGGCCUCCGCACAGGAGACCGGCUUGUCAAGGUGAACGGCGAGAGCAUCAUCGGGAAAACCUACUCCCAGGUCAUAGCGCUGAUCCAGAACAGUGAUGAUGCCUUGGAGCUCUCCAUCAUGCCCAAAGACGAGGACGUCCUCCAGCUGGCCUAUUCUCAGGAUGCCUACUUGAAGGGCAAUGAACCCUACUCCGGGGGAGCCCAGAGCAUCCCGGAGCCACCUCCCAUCUGUUACCCUCGGAAGACCUACCUGUUCCAGUCCAGGGCUCCCAGCCGGGAGGCGAUGGUAGCUGAGCCUUUGCAGGGACAGCAGGCGGACGGCAGACCCUACCGGCCUGCUUCUUCAGGCCCAUCUUCCCCCUUGAACAGCGCGGCGCUCGGCAGCCCCAUGCCCACCACCUGGAACGAGGCCAGAAGCGACACUGCUCGGGAGUUCGGCAGCACCCAUUCCAGCCCGGCCCACCGCACGGAGGAGAUCCAGUAUGGAAUGACCCAGCCGAGGCCCGGGAUGCCCGUCGCAAGGCCGGUCCCAGCCCCCAGCUCCUUCUCGCGCGCCUCCAACACCAGCUUCCCAGGUCCCCUUGCUUCUUCCUUGCCAGAGAGGUACGGCGUCCCGACUGCUUCCUCCAUGGCCAACCAGGCCUGCUACGGGGUCCCCAGGCAUCUCCCAGACCAUCGGACUCACUGUGGCUUCAAGGACAGCCGGGAUGCCAGCACGGGGCCUGACGGCCCGGGCCGCCCCUCCUGGGAGUAUCUGGGUGGCCCCAAGGCCAUCAGACGGCUGGAGUGCCAGCAGGCGCUCUCCAACUGGCUGUCCAGCCAAGUACCGCGCCGGAGCGCCUCGGAAGAGCGGAGGUACGUGAUGCCGCCCCGGUACCGCAGCGUCUCUCAGGACCGCCUGGGAGACACGGCCUCCAGAGGCUGGCCCCACAGUGCCUCACAAGACACCUUGCUUCAGCCCAGCCACGACAGCUGGGGCUACCGGGCCCGGUCCGACAAUUCCCUGGGGAGGUACGGGCGCUCCAUGGAGACUCUGGAGCAGAGUGCCCUGGUCUCGCCCCGCCUGGACAAGUGCACAUGGCUGCCAGAGAAGUUCUAUAGGCCGGGCCCCGGGCAAGUUGCCCAAGCUCAGCCUAGCCAGCCAAGUUCGUACGCCCCCUCUUGCUCCUCUCGAGACCCUCCCCCCGCCCACGUGCAGAAACACCCUUCCCAGCCCAACCUGCGGAGCGCCGACGACUCGGGGUACAUCGGGUAUAGGAGCUACAGCCCCUCCUUCCAGCGCAGGACUGGCCUACUCCACGCGCUCUCCUUCAGGGACCCUAUCUUUGGUGGCCUUCCAGUGUUCAAUAUAUCUCAAAGGCAAGGAACCCAACCAGCACCUUACCCGGACAGGUCCCCGUCACUGCCAACUGCCGCCCCCCCUGGCCCGGACCACCUGCCGGGCAGCGGGCCCGAGAUCCCCAAGGACCAAAGAACCUCCAGCCAAGACAGCAGCGCCAGGUCUCUCCAGCCGGCUCUGCCUCAGCCCGAGGCGGAGGAGAGGAAAGAGGAGGUGGUCCUCCGGCAGAAGCCUCCCACGGGCCGCAAGGCGCCGGCCCCCGCCAGGCAGAUGAACUUCAUCUUCCCCGACCACAUGAAGGAGACGGACAUUUGCGACCCGCCGCCGAGCUGCAAAGGGGACAAGCCGGCGGCGGAGCGGCCCGCUCGGCGGGUGGCACCGUUGGCGGUGCCAGAGGAUUCCCUGGCAUCCAUUCCAUUUAUAGACGAGCCGACGAGCCCCAGUAUCGACCUGAAGGCAAAGCACAUCCCCGCCUCCUCCGUCGUCUCCAGUGCCGUGAACUCAGCCCCCUCGAUCACCGGCAGCCCCUCCUCACCCGCCUUCACCUUCGCCAUCAGCCGCCAUUACUCCCAGGACUGCAGCAGCAUCAAAGCCAGUCGCCGAUCCUCCUACCUCCUGGCCAUAACAACAGAGCGCUCCAAGUCAUGUGACGAUGGUCUGAACACAUUUCGUGACGAGGGGAAGAUCCUAAGGAGGAUGCCAAGCCGGGUGCCGAGUCUCCGCAUGCUGAGGAGUUUCUUCACAGACGGGUCUCUGGACAGCCUCGGAAUGUCUGAAGACACGCGAUCAAAGAGGCACUCGACCUCCGACCUCUCGGACGUGACUUUCAGCGACGUGAGGAAAGAGGGCUGGCUCCACUACAAACAGAUCCUCACCAAAAAGGGGAAGAAAGUUGGUGGGGGCAUCCGGCAGUGGAAGCGCGUCUUCGCCGUUCUCCGCGCACACUCACUUUACCUGUGCAAGGACAGGCGGGAGGCCGUGACGUACACGCCGCCCCAAGGUGAGGAGGAGCAGCCGAUCAGCAUCCGAGCGUGCCUGGUGGACAUUUCCUACAGCGAGACCAAGAGGAAGCACGUCUUCCGGCUGACGACCGCUGACUUCUGUGAAUAUCUCUUUCAGGCAGAGGAUCGGGACGACAUGCUGGCCUGGAUCAAAGUCGUCAGGGAGAACAGCAAGGCCGAGGGCGAGGACCCCGGGUUUGCAAGCCAAGCGCUUAUCAACAAGAAGCUAAAUGACUACCGGAAAGUGAGCCCCUCUGGAAUGAAACCAGACUCUUCCCCCAAGGGCUCGCGCGGGCUGGGGAUCAAGGCCGAGUUCCUGAAGCAGACGGGGACGAGCGCCCCCCGCUCCCCGAGGCAGGACACGGCCGUGACUAAAGAUGACGGUGCCCCCCAGAAAGCCCCUUGGGGCAUCAACAUCAUGAAAAAGAACAAGAAACCUGCUCCACGGGCCUUCGGCGUGAGGCUGGAGGACUGUCAGCCCGCCCCAGCCAACAAGAACAUCCCGCUGAUCGUGGAGGCCUGCUGCAAGGUGGUGGAGGACAAGGGCCUGGAGUACAUGGGCAUCUACCGCGUCCCUGGGAACAACGCCGUGGUGUCCAGCCUGCAGGAGCAGCUCAACAAGGGAAGCACCGAGAUCAACCUGCAGGAUGAGAGGUGGCAGGACCUGAAUGUCAUCAGCAGUCUGUUGAAAUCCUUCUUCCGGAAGCUCCCGGAGCCCCUCUUCACAGACGAUAAGUACAAUGACUUCAUCGAAGCCAACCGGAUCGAAGAUGCCAGCGAGAGGUUGAAGACGUUGCGGAAACUGAUCCGGGACCUGCCGGGACAGUACUACGAGACACUCAAGUUCCUGGUGGGGCACCUGAAGACCAUCGCGGACCACUCCGAGAAGAACAAGAUGGAGCCCCGGAACCUGGCCCUGGUCUUCGGCCCCACGCUGGUCCGGACGUCCGAGGACAACAUGACGGACAUGGUGACGCACAUGCCAGACCGCUACAAAAUCGUGGAGACCCUCAUCCAGCAUUCGGACUGGUUCUUCAGCGACAAGGAGGACAAGGGGGAGAAGACCCCUGUGGACGAGAAGGAGGCACAGUCGGUGCCGAACAUCGAGUACCUGCUCCCCAACAUCGGGAGGACGGUGGUGCCAGGGGACGCCUCAGAUUCAACCAAUAGCAGCUCUGCCAAAUCGAAGAGCUCGGGGGCGCCCCGGAAGGAGCAGUACAACAAGGAGCUGCUCGCCAUCUCCUUCAUCGCCGCCGUCAACCGCAAGAGGAAGAAGCGGCGGGAGGCCAAGCGUUUGGGGAGCAGCACGGACGACGACUCGGAGCACGAGGCCACCAAGAGCGCCGGCAAAGGCAGAGCGGAGGAGGCCAAGGACGGGGGCGCGGAGGAGGAAGAGGCCAAGGGGCCGGGGCGCAGCGCAGCCCCCGGAGAGCCAGGCCCAAAGCGUGAUGCUCCGAGUCGCCGAACGGGCGUGGAGGAGCCGGCGGGACCGAGGGAGCCGGCGCCGGACGCCCGGUCCAUCGUCUCGGGCUACUCCACCCUGUCCACCAUCGACCGCAGCCUGUGCUCCGAGGUGCAGUCGGUGGCCGAGAGCCGAGGCGAGGAGGCGGACGACGAGCGCAGCGAGUUCAGCCACGUGGAGACGGACACGGAGAGCAGCUUCCUGCCGGGGAGAGCGGGGCCGGGCGCCGGGCAGGGGCCCGAGGCAGAGAGCGGCGAGAAGGAGAAGCUCGCCCGGGCCUCCUUCAACUCCCACCGGCUCAUCCAGUGCGACACGCUGGCCCGCCGGAAGCUGGCGAGGCCCCGGCCGGACAGCGAGUCGUCGGCCCAGGGCAGCCAGGAGUCCCUGCGGCCCCCGGGGGCCGGCGGGGCCCCGGCCAGGCCCUCGCUGACGGAGCAGAUCCGCCUGCGCUUGCGGGGCUCGGCCGACGACAUGCUGGCCGUGCCCCUGCGCAAGCCGCACUCCCCGGAGACGCGGCGCAAGAAGAGCUCCUGGCGGCGCCACACGGUGGUGGUGCCCGGCGGCCUGAAGGAUCUCAACUUCAACGAGUGGAAGGAGCAGCAGGCGCCGGGCCUGGGGCCCCCCGCGGGUCCCGAGCUCGGCCCCCCGGACGCCGGCGCCUCCUGCAGGGACCUGCACAGAGACAACAAGGACUCGGGCCUCAGCAGCCUGGAGUCGACCAAGGCCAGGCCCUCCUCGUCCUCGGCACUGAGCCACCAGGGCGGCGCCGGCGAGCAGCAGCACAGUAGGGGCCCGGAGGGGAACCCUGGCGACCGGGGCCCGGCUCCCACGCGCGCAGCUUCCUUCCGCUUCCACCAGUGUCUCUAACCCCCUCCAGACCCUGAGGUCUGGCUGUCUCUGCUUUCCCUCCCCGCCAUCCCUUUCUCCCCCUGUGGGGCCUCUUGUGGCGAAGGCUGAGGACCCGUCUCCGGGCGGUUCCCCAUCCACCCAGUGCCAGGCGCUGCACAGAGGUAGGAGCUCCCUCGAGGGGCGAGCAGCCACUUGCCCUGAUUUUGCCGGCCUUGCCCCUGAAGCGUCCCUUGGCCUUUCUCACGGGGCUCCCGAGGCUGCCGGAGACGGCCCCUCGCUGCCCUGGCCGCGCUGCCUAGCCGGCGCUUGGGCGUGGCGUUAAUUGAACGACCCUCCCUUGGUUUGUGGAUUUAAUCGUGGGUCUCUUUAAUUUGGCUCCCUUUUUAAGACUCCCCCACCCCUGGGGGGGGGAACGUCCGCAACUCGGAGCGUCCCGGCCUCGCCACAGAGCCAGGAUCCCAGCCCUUUGGGUCCAGCCCGCAGCUGGGACGGGUGGGCGGUCACCGCGCACCCACAGGAAGCACUUGGCCUGACAGGCAACCCCUCCCCGGCCUCACGGCCCCCCCAGCACAUCUCCCUGCAUGGCUGUGGGGUCCCUGAGGCUGCCAGAUCCUCUCUGCUGCCCCCCCAGACCUCACCAGGCGGAGUGUGCCUGGCUCUCGCUGCCCCACCCCUUGAUGGGGGAUCCCGCGGUUGCUGCCAAGGGCUGCUCCCCCCUGACACGGGAGGUGGGGGAGGGGGAAGGAUGCUCCGAUUUCCAUGAGACCAUUGCCAGUCCCCCGCUGCCAGCCUCCAAACCGCCUCGCAGCCGGAGCUGGUGCCUCUGAAAUGCUGCCACAGCUCUGGCAUCACAUUACUGGGCCCCCCCAGCCCCCCUCGGCUCAGAGAACAUGCCCCUGUGCAAGGAAACGUGGGGUGGCUUCGAACACAGGGUCCCUGGCACCCCAGUCCCAGCCCGUCCUGCCUGCCCCAGAGUGGGGCCCCCCUUUCCCAAACCGGUUUCCCCCCUCCCCCCGGGGCAGUCCAGGGGGAGCGUGUGUGCCGUGGCUGUGCCCCGUGGAGCCCGUUCCUGGGGUGCCCCUGUGUCCAGCGUGAGUCAGCGCUGGGUAAUGGGGAGCUGUAGGUGUGUUGGCUUCAUUGGCACAUGUGCUCCGUGACACACGCCCGCUGGCACCAGGUGCGGGAUCCGCUCGCGUGAAUGCUGGGAAAUGGCCCUCGUGCCAAGGGGCCCUUUGUUCCCCAGCCACUCCCCUGUGCCAGGCCGGGCCAGGUCCUGCUCUCUGCCAGGGAGGAGGUCCCGGGGGCAGGUGGUGCUGUUGUUUGCCAGCCUGCAAAGCCACAGGGGAAGGAGCUUCCAGUGGCCCAUUCCCCUCCAGGCGUGGGAGUUUUCCUUGCACGCCCACCGCCCCGGCGUGCCCGUCACCCUUCCCCAAGCUCCCCCCACCCCGCCAGUGUAGCUGCUGGUGAUUCUACCCACACUGUGUGCGGCAGGGAAAUCCAGCCAGGGAAGGUACGUGGGCCAGCCAGGAACAUUCGGGGAGGAGGGAGGAAUCCACCGGCGUCACUGGGGCCUAGAGUUCAGCCCCGAGCACUCGGCAGCUGCCCUUCCUCCCCGGACACAACCCUCUGCGGCCCGAGGCCUCCUGCCCCUGUGUCUGGAUGGGGGGUUCACACUCAGCAGCUCAUGCUGCCUAGCAGGUAGGCUGAGAGGGGCGAAGCCGCCCAAGGUUCGGCCGUCCGGUGGGAAUCGGGCACUCCCAGCGGGGCUGGGGGGGUCUUUGGCAGGCUCAGCCUGGCUGGGCAGCCCCUGGCGAGCAGGUGGAGGAGGCAGCUGGGAGCAGGAGCGUUAGGUGACCCAGCCAGGCAGGUUGCAGCCCUUUUGAGAAGCAGGGCUGGGCUGGGCCGGGUGUGAGCGAGCGGCACGGGUGCGCACAGGGCCCAGAAGUGGCCCUGCAGAGAGCAGCCAGGCCCAGGUCCCGUGGUGCACGGCGCUGGGAGAAGUCAGGGCUCACGUGACUGAGACUCCAUCUCUCGAGUCAGGCCCUUGCUAGCAGCGCUGACCAGGGAAAUGGCCCGGGGUAAACCCAUAGGGCCCACUGGUGCCAUCCGGCCCCGAGCCGGGGAGGAGCAUGUGGGCAGCCCAGUGUUAAUGCUGCAGCCCCGGUGCCAGGUGGGUGCGAAAGCAACAGUGCCCGUUCCCCAGGCUGUUCAGUCCCAGUCACCACCUUGCACAGCCCGGCUUUUAGCCCCACCAGCUCGCUUCCUCCUGGCCCACACGUUCCCAGCGACAGGCCUGGCCUGUUUGUGUCUCACCGCACGGUUGGUUCCCCCCCAGCACUCACUGGCUGCCCCUCGGUGCCCACCUGAAUCCUUGCCCCCCACCUGCCCAGAACAGCUGGGCCACGUGCACCUGCCGUGCUCAAUAGGGUUGCACCCCAUGGCUGGGAGCCAGAGCGCGCUCCCGCAGAGAGCGGACACUUCCUAGAGCCCGGCAAGAACUGAGUUUGACUGCAGGGCUUGCCGGAGCACUUUGCAGAGCAUGUGGACGGCACAAGGGCUGCAGCGUUCAAACCCCUCCGAGAGGAGCGUGUCCACCCUGCGAAACUCCCCUCGCCCUCCCCUGCUCUUUUCACCCAGGAACUUACCAGGCUGACCUCGCCUUAGACGCCAGCGGCCUCGUUUGUGGUUUGUUUUCCGUCACGCCGCCAGCAGCCCAGCGCUUGGGCCACCCGCCCAGCUGGGGGCACCGAUCGCUGCCUGUCGGCUCAAAGCGCUUUCGCAAGCGAUGCAGCCGCCUUCGGGGGGGGGUCGCAGCAGCUGUACCAGCGUGCGCGGGGCGGGCUGGGCCGGGGCGAAGGGAUCCAAUGGGACCUGGAGGGGCGCUGCAGGUAGGUAAGGCUGAUCGUAUGUAAACUGGAAUUUGGCUAGCCCUGGCGGCCUGUCUCUCGCUACAAACAUAGUGCCAUGGAAGAUUUUGCAUUGCUCCGCGUCAGGAGAGCUGACAUUGGCAUGAGAUCAUUUAUCCCGGGUAACUGGGGCCGGGCAGCGUAUUGAUUCCAUGCAGAGAAAGUCCCACUUUCCACCAAGCAAGCAAGCGUCCGUCGUCCUUUGCAGUUGUUUAUAUUUUUCCUCUUGAAAAUGGUAAACUGUGUUUUCAUGCUGCUAUAUUAUUUGUAAUAAUUUGGGGGGGUCCCUUUUCGGUCAAAAUUAAAAACAACCCUCCCCCCGCCAAAUCCAAUGCACCCGUCUCUGUGUUUAGAAAAAAGCCAACUGCAGCCCAGCCCCGUGCCAGGCGAUUGUCUUAAUGAACUAGGGGGACUGUCUCUGCAGUGACCGUCUAGCUGCCCACUACGGCGCGGGGGCUCGGAAGGGACGCCACGCCGCAUCUUCCGCUCCACACUGCAGCCAUUCCAAUGAGAGGCCUUGGGGGGAUUUUAAAAAUAAAAUAAAAAAAACCUUACUCCAGUUUAUGCAUCGUUCUUACUUUAUGCAAAUAAUUGCUGUAAAGUUCUUUUUGUUUUCAUUUUGUGUGUGUAAAUAUUGUCUUUAAAUGUGUAACAUAUUACAAAGAAUUUAUAAGGAUUUUUUUAAGAAGUUUCGCUCAUUUGAAAAAACCCAGAAGAAAACCACCAAGUGCUGUAACCGUGUUGAAUUUUUAAAACCUUUCUGCAUGUGUCAUUUUUUUCCCUUGAUGUGUUGUAAAAGGUCAGCCAUGUAUAUGGAACAUGCAAAACUAAAAAAAAAACCACAAAAACCACCUGGUUUGGAACUAGCCCUCGCCGACGUACAGGUCUAUAUGUUGGCAAUAAAGCGGCAUAUUCAAGGAA